AUGGCGCCAGCCGGAGGACGCACUACCCAUCUCCUCCUGCUCGCCCUCCUCCUGUCCUUCGUCCUCGCCUCCUCCGCGGACGGGAGCUACCCGGAGCACCCCAGCCCGGGCGCCGGGGGAUUCUUCAGUGGCAUACCGUGGUUCCGCGGCGGACAGCCGAGUGGCGCCCGAGGUGCCGGAGGCAUGGGCGCCGGGUUCGGUGGCGGGUGGGGCGCCGGCGGCGUUGGGCCAGGGGGCGGGUUCGCGCGGCGCGGGGUGGUGCAGCCGUCGGUGGUCUGCGCCGAGCAGGGUCCCUGCUACCAGCAGCGGCUCACAUGCCCGUCCAAGUGCUUCAGCUCGUACAGCUACCAUGGGAAAAAUGGCGGGGGAGGUGGUGGCGGCGGUGGGUGCAGCUUCGACUGCACCAGCUGCGAGGCCCACUGCUGA